UUCUCACAUCUCCCUGUGCGAACGAAUAGCCAGUUUGAACAGCUGUCGGCAUUGGGUGUACCAACACAAGUUUCUUUCCGAGAUUCAUAAUAAGGAACUAAACAAAGAAGAAACCUCAUAGUGAGAAUGCCUGGUAUCACAAGAGGACCCGGAGCCAUUGCCAGUCCGUCCGGGGCGGGCUCUAUGGUGGAUAAACUAAUUCUAUACACGGAGAGCGAGGCCACAGUUUUCACCGCGUUGGAGAUCCAGAAUCUGAAAGCUCACCGGUACCAAAGCCAAGAUGGUUCAUAUCUAAACAAGUAUGUGAUGAACCCUUACUGGAAUACCGUGGUGUCAUACGUGCCCACUUGGGUGGCCCCAAAUGUGCUCACACUGUUGGGGUUGUCGUCAAUUAUCCUAUCUACGGGAGUGCUGAUGUACUACUGCCCAACUUUAAGCGGUGAGGCGCCGAGAUGGGUAUACUUCCUGUGCGCAAUUUGCCUUCAUGUGUAUCAGACAUUGGAUGCUAUCGAUGGUAAGCAGGCUAAGCGAACAAACACCGGCAGUGUGAUUGGGGAGCUCAUGGAUCAUGGCUGUGACUCCAUCACUACGAUCUUAACGCUGAUGGGCACUGUAGCGGCUAUUGAUCUGGGGGCUGACUUUGGGUCGUUCCGACUGAUCAUGGCUACGCUGGUAGGCUUCUACCUUGCUCACUGGAACUGCUAUGUCACUGGUGGCCUUGAAUUCGGAAUCGUGGAUGUUACCGAAGCGCAGAUGCAAAUGAUGCUGGUGCACAUACUCACCGGCUUCUUCGGACCUGAUGUCUGGAAGACACAAGUCUUUGGCACCGCCUCACUCCGUGCGUGCUUCAUGACCUUCGGCAUCGUGUUCGUGAUGGUGUCCAUCAUGCGAUCUUUGAGGAACGUUGUCAUGCACGAAGCACCGACAGGGUCUCUGGCCAACGACAGUCGAUACGAACCCGCCGCCGCGAUACUGGCUUUUGUCGCCAUCGUAUCAGGCCUAAUGCUGAGCUGCGACUUAUGGGAAGAGCGCACCGCCCUUUUCUGCUGGUGUAUAGGGAUUGUCAACUCGAAAAUUGUCUGUCGGCUAAUCGUCAGUCAUAUGGCUAAGACCCGAAUGGUUUCAUGGGAUAAAUCGCUGGCUUGUCUGAUGCUACUGCUGGCGUCGACGCGAAUGAGCUCUACCAAUGACCAUGUAUCGUUGCAAUUAGCCUCUGUGUACGUUACAGUACAAUUUGUAGGCUUCGCCUGGAGGGCUAUCAAACAGCUUUCCCUUGAGUUUAAUAUCCCGGUUCUUUCCAUCCCCUAUCCCAAUAUUGCCACAUUGAAAGAGAGGGGGGUGAAAGACGUGGGCAUGGGGAGCAAAGAAUCGUACUUUACGGAGGCUUCUCAUAAAAAUAAAUAGCUCGAAGCUAUAGUGAAA